UAAAGAACUGCAGUUGAAGGAAACUGUAGUUCGAACUUUGAAGUUUAGUUUAAGCAGAGCCAGGGUUGACUAUGGAAUAUUAAAUUAUCUGGAUAAAGUACAAAACAAUGCAGCUGAAAAUAAUAUAAUAUUAAAAAAUUGAGAUCUAAAAUUCCUAUUUUUCUGCCAUGUUUGCGGAUUAAGCUACGUUGACUUAAACACUUUACAGAAACUUAUCUGGGUUUUGAUUCUGCGUAGAGAAUUUCAAAGCCACUGUAUAGGAUUUUAGCUUCUUUCUUCUCCACUUUACAGCUUUCAAGUUCGUGGUCCCUGUAAGUGAAGAGUUUGAAGAUGGGAAAAUCCAAGGAACUUCUGAAGUUAAGCACGUGGAGAUGCUUUCAGAGGCCGGCAUUUGUCGUGGGUAGCUUUGUUUUUCUCAUUUCAAUUGCUUCCUUGUCCAAGUUGUACACUCUCUCUUCUCUCAACAUCUCUGAUAAUUUCUGCAAAAGAAUUAACCAGGGUCAAGCAAUAAGAACAGGAAGAAGCCAAGGGAGAAUUAUUCUGGAAACUGUUAUUCAGAAAAUUAAUCAAGAAAUGGAUUAUUUGAAAAAUCUGCCCGUUGAAUCAUCAUCCUCUUCUUCAACAUCCAAACUGCGGCACAGUAUUUUUCUUGCAGAUAUUCUGGGACUUAUUGAAUCAGUACAUUCAUCUCUGGUUGAAGAAGAGAUUGAUCAAGAUCAGAACACCAACACCAGAGUUGCCCAUCCUUUAGUAAAUCCAAAGCAGGAACCUGGUGGGCUUGCAGAUUUCUUUCUGGUAGAAGAAAUCAGAAAAUAUGUCAGAAUCAAGCCGAACAGAUUAGGAAAACAGAACUUCAUGGGAGCUAAUGGCACUUUCACAAGCAUUGGCCAUGCCUGUUUUUCCAUGAAGAAAGAACUUGAAGAGUACAUGGACUACGACAUAGGUGAAAUCUGCAAUGACGAUUGGAAACUAGCUCAAAUGCUAAUGGUAAACGGCUGUGAUCCUCUACCAAGAAGAAGAUGCUUCUCCAGAGCUCCGAAGCUAUACAGCAAGCCAUUCCCAAUUAAUGAAUCGAUGUGGAAGCUCCCUGAUGAUCGAAAUGUAAGAUGGAGUCAAUACAGAUGCAAGAACUUCUCUUGCCUGGCCAGCAAUAUCACCCGCAAAGGCUUCUUCAAAUGUGCAGAUUGCUUCAAUCUCACCAACCAUGAAUUCCCCAGAUGGAUUAAACAAGUCGAUUUGGAUCCGGAAACGAACCAAACCGCAGAUUUCUUGAUCCUGGAAGUUCUUGACAUGAAGCCAGGAGAGAUCAGAAUUGGUUUAGACUUCAGUGUAGGAACUGGGACUUUUGCAGCAAGAAUGAGAGACUUCAAUGUCACAAUUGUAUCUGCAACUAUCAAUCUUGGAGCCCCCUUUAACGAAAUCAUUGCGCUUCGAGGAGUAAUCCCCCUUUACUUGACAGUAAAUCAGCGGCUACCAUUCUUCGAUAACACGCUGGACAUAAUCCAUACCACAAGAUUUCUUGAUGGUUGGAUUGAUUUGGUACUCCUGGACUUUGUAUUGUAUGAUUGGGAUAGAGUUUUGAGACCAGGAGGUCUGCUGUGGAUCGAUAGCUUUUUCUGUGCAAAGGAGGAUUUGGAUGAUUAUUUGGAAGCAUUUAAGAGUUUGAGAUACAAGAAGCAUAGAUGGGUGGUUGUUCCUAAACGAGAUAAAGAUGAAACAGAGGUUUUCUUUUCUGCUCUACUGGAGAAGCCACCAAGACCUUUCAGAUGAUCUCAAGAAAAGAACAAGUCUGGUUUCUUCAUUACCAGAUUGUAAUUCUUCAUUGAAAUUUUUUACCCAGAAAA